AUGAAAAACUUCACCAGAAAGGACGCCAAAAAGGUGAUAGAAAUAAAGUGCCAUCACGGCAACAAAGAAUGUCUGGCCAACAUGAUACAGACAUGUGCCAUAGCAAUGACGAGUGCGCGCUACAAAAGCCUCGAGUACGUCAACUGCAUGUCCGUUUCAACAUCGCCACUGGACGUGGCACAAGCGUGCGCCGGAGGCAUUGGUCUCAAUUGGAAAAUCAUCGAUCGCUGCGUCAAGUCAAAGCUGGGUUCGCUGCUCUUCUACAAGAUGGGACAGAAGACGUGGGCUUUAGUCCCCCAUAUAACCUACGUUCCUUACAUAGAGGUCGACGGUCGGCACAGCAAACUGUUUCAGGAAGAAGCCAUGUCGAAUCUCUUCGGGUUGGUCUGCUCUAGGCUGGGUUCUGCAAAACCUGACAUUUGCAACGUCUCCCAUUAA